AGUUCAGUCGUUCAAUGACAAUUUUUAGACAUAUGUCAUUUUAUUCUCCAUUCUCCUUCUUCCUUUUUCUUUUUUGCUCGCACCCCGAGAGGUUCGCAAGGAAAUAAACCAGAAUGUCCGACGUUGAAGUAGAUGACGCGCCUGUGGCCCCGGUUGUCGCCCCCCCAGUUAACAAUGGCCCUAUGGACGUAAAUGUAGCCCUACAAGAAGUGCUCAAGACUGCCCUUAUUCAUGAUGGAGUAGUGCACGGAUUACAUGAGGCUGCCAAGGCUUUGGAUAAGAGACAGGCUGUUUUGUGUGUGUUGGCUGAGAACUGUGAUGAACCAAGAUACAAACAAUUGGUUCAAGCUCUGUGCGCAGAACAUCAAAUUGACCUCAUCAAAGUGGACAACAACAAAAAAUUGGGCGAAUGGUCUGGUUUAUGUAAAAUUGACAACACUGGCAAAGCCCGUAAAGUCGUUGGAAGUUCCUGCGUAGUAAUCAGGGAUUAUGGGGAAGAAUCUCCAGCCCUCGACGUAUUGAAAGAUUACCUUAAGGGUGCCAAAUAGAACUUAUCAUUUUUAAUAUAAGAAAAAUUCGAAAAUAUAUAUUUGUUUUAUUUUUUAGUGUUUAAGACCUGAGAUAACCGAG